AUGGGCUAUCUCUCCGCCAUCCUCCCGAGCGGAAAGGUCUUCUUCCACCAUGCCCCUAAAGCCCUCCACUUAGCUCGCAAAUCCUCGAUCUCUCCGCCCACCUCUGUAGCAUCACUAAAAGAACAAGCUGAAGAGGAACAAUACAUCUCCCUUCCAGACUUGUGUAAAUCCUCCACGCCCCAGAAAUGCCAACUAAACCCUCUUCUGUUCAACGGCCACCUCCAAACCACAUACACAGCCAUAAAAAAUGAUGAUGUUCCCGUUUACUACAAGCGCUGGACCUUCCAGGCCAACGACCCGGCUUAUAGUGGCAGCUUCGAUGUCGACUUCGUCAUUCCGCCCUACGAAACCCCACUGAAGGAGGAUACAAGCUCCGGUACACAGGCGAUAAUUAACAAGACGCCAAAGGAUAGUAUGCCGCCGCCCCACCUUCUCCCACCCCGCACGUCUUUCUUCACACCGGAAGAAUUCGCCGCCUAUCCGUCUAUCACAGACACGAAACCCAUGCUCGUUGUCCUGCACGGGCUCUCAGGGGGUUCCCAUGAGAACUACCUGCGGCAUGUGAUUGCUCCGCUGCUGGAGGCCGGAUGGGCAGCCUGCGUGUUGAAUUUCCGCGGCUGUGCCAAGUCGCGAGUGACGAGCCCGAUGCUAUAUAAUGCCCGCGCGACGUGGGAUGUUAGGCAGAUUGUGAAUUGGGUGAGGGAAGCGUUUCCAAAGCGGAGGUUGUUUGGGAUUGGGUUUUCGUUGGGGGCGAAUAUCUUGACAAAUUAUCUCGGUGAAGAGGGUGCAUCCUGUCCCCUCUCAGCUGGCGUCAUCUGCUCCAACCCGUGGAAUCUGGAAGUCAGCGCGUUGGCGCUCCAGCGCUCUUGGCUUGGAUUGGAACUGUAUUCGAAGACUAUGGGAAGUAAUAUGAAGAAGCUUUUUGAGCAACAUGUGGAUAUAAUCUCCAAGCAUCCACGCGUUGAUGUCGAGCGGAUCCGAAAGAUUAGGUAUCUUCAUGAGUUCGAUAGAGAACUCCAGGGACCCGUCUGGGGCUAUCCAACAGAAUCUGCCUACUAUCGCGAUGCCUCCUCCAUCGACUCUAUCUUCGCCAUAAGAGUCCCUUUUUUCGUGAUCCAUGCUGAAGAUGACCCUAUCUCCGUCAAAGAAGCCUUACCAUACAACGAAAUCAAACAAACGCCAUACGGCGUAAUGUGCACGACAUCCUGGGGCGGACAUCUCUCCUGGUUCGAGUUUGGCGGGACGAGGUGGUUUACGAAGCCUGUAACAACAUUCUUAACCAAAAUGGCCACGGAGGUCGAUCUUGAUGCACCUUUCAAGGUAGAAAGGGAUGACAGGGAGGGUCAGGAAGAGGUAGCCUCACACAUCGGAUAUACGCCGAAUUUCGUGCCUAUGCGACGGAAAUUGGUGAUGCCGAUUAAUCAUCAGUAUUCGAGUUCUGGGAAGAGUUCGGCGAUUGAGGUUAGAAAUUAA